GUCACGUGUGAGGGCGGCCAUUUCCGCGGAGCCAUUUCCGGACGGAGCGGGUGGGCGGCUCUUAAAGGGACAGUGCCCCGCCUGUGUGCAGCUGCUCCCCAUCGGCUGCUGCUGAGAGCCCCAGCUGGAAGCAGCUCUCCUGUCCAGCCCAGCAACACCCUGCAGUGGCAGUGGCCAUGUUCAGUGUGAGCAGGAAGUGAGCGCAGCGAUGGCAGGCGAGGAGCGGGACUACAACCUGACGGAGGAGCAGAAGGCUGUGAAGGCCAAGUACCCACCGCUCACCAAGAAGUACGAAUAUCUGGAUCACACAGCUGACGUGCAGCUGCACGCAUGGGGAGACACUUUGGAAGAAGCCUUUGAGCAGUGCGUCAUGGCCAUGUUUGGGUACAUGACUGAUACAGGGACUGUGGAGCCUCUGGACACUGUCGAAGUAGAAGCAGAAGGACAUGAUAUGUUGUCCCUUCUCUUCCACUUCUUGGAUGAGUGGCUGUAUAAAUUCAGUGCUAAUGAGUUCUUUAUACCCAGGGAGGUGAAAGUGCUUUCCAUCGACCGAAUGCGAUUCAAAAUAAGAUCAAUAGGGUGGGGAGAAGAAUUCUCUUUACCAAAACACCCCCAGGGCACAGAGGUCAAAGCCAUCACUUACUCAGCCAUGCAAAUCUGUGAAGAAGAGAAGCCAGAAGUCUUUGUCAUCAUUGAUAUUUAAAGCAAGUUUAACACAGUGGCUGGCAAAGUCCCUUCAGAACUUCGAGCCCUGGGAAGUGACUAAGGAAUUAGUUCAGAUCAUAAGGUGAAGGGGGUGCUGGGGAAUGUUAUCCUGUGCUUUGGUGUGAAGAUGGUGAUCCAGACCAACACCAGCCUGCCAGGACAGAGCUGGUUGGGUCUGGGGGGGGAUGUGAGAUGAGCUGUAGGGGAUGGAAGUCCUUCAGAUGCUGGUGGUUGGCUCUGAAGGCAAUGAAUGAAGUAAAUAGAGAAAUCAAUGAAGCUGCCAAAGUGCUGCCUUUGGUUGGGCAGCAGGGAAGUGUUCAUCUACAUCAUUUCAUGCAACAAUUUAAAAAUUUUGAGCCAACAUCCCCCUUCACAUAAUCAGAAGUUUCCGAAAUGCCUGCGGGGGGUCAGAACCAACAUGGGGCUGAUCCUCUUUAAAUUAUACUAUCUUUAAAUUAUACUGAUUAUUAAACAUAAUAUUAACCAUCACCCUUCUGAGAACGUCCCCAGGCCGCCAGGUGGGGCUGCUUUACUAUAAAUACGUUUCCAAAGGCUCCUGUGUCCUGUGGUAAACCUAUGGCUGCCUCACCUCUGCUUUGAUGUAAAGGUGCUUUAAAUCGGGUUUUAAAGGGAUAAAAUAUAAUCAUUGUGUUUUGUUUUUUAAUUAGAAAGUUUUAGUGUUGAAAUAAAGCGUUGACUGGUA